CGGGUGGGUGUGAGUUGGGGCAGGAAGUGAUUCUGUUGUGUGGGGACUGAAUGGUGAGAGCAUGUGAGGUGCUGCGGACGGGGAGCCUCUAUCGCCAUGACUGACCACUGCUGCUGACACUGGAACAGCCGGGAGGAGAUCUAUAGAAUAAGUCACGUGCCGAGGAAUAUGGCUAAAGAGCUCCGUGGGCAGUAUGAACCCGUUGCAGAAAUUGGGGUCGGAGCCUAUGGAACUGUGUAUAAGGCCCGGGACUUACAGAGUGGGAAGUUUGUAGCCCUUAAAAACGUGCGCGUUCAGACCAACGAGAAUGGCCUCCCCCUGUCGACAGUCAGGGAAGUAGCGCUGCUGAAACGCCUGGAGCACUUCGACCAUCCGAAUAUUGUAAAGCUAAUGGAUGUUUGCGCUUCUGCCCGGACUGACAGAGAAACAAAAGUCACCUUAGUUUUUGAGCACGUGGACCAAGACCUAAAGACUUAUUUGAAUAAAGUUCCUCCUCCUGGCUUGCCUCUUGAAACCAUUAAGAACCUAAUGAGGCAGUUCCUCUCUGGCCUAGAAUUCCUCCAUUUGAACUGUAUUGUGCACCGCGACCUGAAGCCAGAAAAUAUCCUGGUGACCAGCUGUGGACAGGUUAAACUAGCCGAUUUUGGCCUUGCGCGGAUUUACAGCUGCCAGAUGGCACUAACCCCUGUGGUAGUGACCCUGUGGUAUCGAGCUCCUGAGGUGUUACUCCAGUCCACAUAUGCCACACCAGUAGACAUCUGGAGUGUGGGAUGCAUCUUUGCAGAGAUGUUCAGGCGGAAGCCUCUGUUUUGUGGGAAUUCAGAAGCUGACCAGCUGUGCAAAAUUUUUGAUAUGAUUGGUCUCCCCUCUGAAGAAGAAUGGCCAGAAGACGUCACUUUGCCACGAUCCGCCUUCUCUCCAAGGAGUCAGCAGCCAGUAGAGAAGUUUGUUCCUGAAAUUGAUGCCACGGGGGCUCAGCUUCUGUUAGAUAUGUUAACCUUUAACCCCCUGAGACGCAUAUCUGCAUCGCAGGCUCUACAUCACGCCUUCUUCUCCGAGGACCUCGAGGCCUGCUCCACACCAGAACCAUUCCUGCGUGCGCGAGUCACAGCAGAUGAAGUGAAAUGAAUCGUUGGUGGAUUCUAGACACAUCUGCCUUUUUAUUUUUAGAGUCUCAAUAGAAGAUCGUUGAUUGUUUUUUUUUAUCAUGACACUAAGCUAGCCCAGUUGUAUGCAACCCAUAUGCCAUUAAGUAUUGGUCUGAUGACAGAUGGUUCAAUGCAAAGCCUGACCGCGUAUCACUAUGAGGACGACUGCUUAGAAGAGAUGAAUUUUCUAUUUCACUUUUUGUUACGUCAUAAAGCUCUUUUAUGGCAUUGAUGACAUGUAUUCACCAGAUCCUUCAUUUAGGCCGUGACAAUGUGUCCAGUUUUUAGCCACAGAUAAAAACCAAAAACUUUUAUAUCCAGUGAAGACAUUUUACAUUAGUCGUUUUCCAGACAUUUCCUAGUAUUUAUUCCAGGCUCUUUUUCUGCUUUUUAAACAUUAGUUUUUGUAAGUGAUUCAAAGACAGACUCUCACCAGCUGUGUGCGAACAGAGGGACCAGAUGGGACAUUGGAUCAACUAUUGCUGGCCGAGGUAGCCACGCCUGUCCAGCUGUUGUGCAAAUCACCUGCCAUCGGGACAGGCUGGAACUUCUAGUCUCACAACAGCUGACGUGUUCACAUUGCCUUCUUCUUUGGCUCAUGUUGUACUACUAUUAAAGACUGACUUGUAAUGAUCACCUAUUUCCAUAAACUGUGCAAAUCUAAAA